UUUAAUUCCUACUGAAAAUGCCUUGUGAUGGAAAAAAUCCCAAUUGUGAAAGAAGACGAGAAUUGUUAGGUCAACUAAAAUGUUUAAUUGGUACUAUGGAAAAGAAAAAACCAUGUGAAUGGGAUGAGCCUCCUUUACCCUGCAACUAUGAAUAUCUUUGUUGUAAUCCUAUUAAACGCUGUAAAAGUUUCGAUUUCCGAGCAAGCAUUAUAUACCGAUGCGAGUGUAUUAAAAGAAAUGGUCUACAAGAUAGGUGCAUGAUGUGGAACUGUAUGGGUCGACCAGAAUGUAUGACAAAAUUAUAUCCUGUUUGCUGUCCAGGACGCAAUGCAUUAUUGAAAUUAAUUGAUUUGGAUGAUGUGGAAAUUGCUCUGCGAAAAUUCCACUGUGCUGAUCAAGCUAGAAAAGAAGCAUUAGCAACAUAUUGCACACUGAGUUCUAACAAGAAGAAUCCUUGCUGUCCCCCUGCAGAUUGUCCUCCUCCUUGUCCUCCACCUUGUCCUCCACCUUGUCCACCAUUACCUUGCCCUGCUACCUGCUGUGUGUCACCUUGCACUACUUAUAAUCUUUGUGUUCCAUGUCCACCACCUUGUCCACCACCAUGUGUACCAUUAUGUCCACCACCAUGCCCACCACCAUGUCCACCACCAUGUCCACCACCAUGUCCACCACCAUGUCUACCAAUAUGCCCACCACCAUGUCUACCAAUAUGCCCACCACCAUGUCCGCCACCAUGUCCACCACCGUGCCCACCACCAUGCCCACCACCAUGUAUACCAUUAUGUCCACCACCAUGUCCACCACCAUGCCCGCCACCAUGUCCACCACCUUGCCCGCCACCAUGCCCACCAUGUCUACCAAUAUGCCCACCACCAUGUCCACCACCAUGCCCACCACCAUGCCCGCCACCAUGUCCACCACCAUGCCCACUACCGUGCAUAUUAUCAUGUACAUCCCCGUGUCCAACAAUGUGUCCACCAUGCCCACCACCAUGUCGACCAUCGUGUACACCACCAUGCCUACGAUUGUGUCCACCUUGUCCACCACCCUGUCCACCACCAUGCCCUCCACCUUGUCCACCACCAUUAUGUAGACCGUCAUGUCCACCACCGCGUCCACCGUCCUGCCCACCAUGUCUACCAAUAUGCCCACCACCACCAUGUCUACCACCGUGUCCACCACCAUGCCCUCCAGCAUGUCCACCAUUUUGUCCAUCACCAUGUGUAUCUCCAUGCACCCCAUGUGCACCCAGUUGUUUUCCAGCUUAUUGUCCUCGUCCACCACCAUGUAUCCCUUCUCCAUAUGCUGCUAUUUGUUUUUAAUGUUGAUUUUCAUUUUGUCUGUUCCGUGAAUUAUCUUGUCUACUUUUUUGUCAUAUUUGAAUGUUACAAGUCUGUUUCUGUGUCUGACAUUUCUAUAAGGAAUACAAAAUUUCUCAUUCGAUCUGAAUAAUGUUAUAGGAACAAAUAACAUUCUGUAAUAUGAUGUUUUAAAAUUUCACAUCUCAAUAUUUAUGUGUAUUUUUGCGCUUUUACUCAUUUGAAAAAUUUAUAUAUUUUAUGAAAGUUUAUGAGAAUUUGAUAAUAAACUUAAAGAAAACGCAGAUGAGUUAAUUUUUUCAUAUAAUGUUUUCAUUAAUUUGAGGCAAGUAUAACUGAUGAAAUCUUGAUCUUACGCAUAUAUUUGAAAAUUAUAUUUUCGCGCGAUGUGUGAAACCAGUAUUCACUAGUGUCAUCUAGCAGUCAAGCAGAGAACUACCGAAAUAAAGUUCCGCGAAACUUCGGAAAACUGUUAUGCUAUAGAAUAAAAUCAAUAUUAAUAAAUAUAUAGCAUAUUCUUCAACAAAUAAUAUGCUAUAUAUUUAUACUAUAAUUAUACUACACACUUUUGAAACUGUAGUAUAAUUAGUUCUCUACUUCUACCGCUAGAUGACGACACAUAAGCCAGAAAUGCCUAAUUAAAAGUGCUUCUAACUUUUUAAAUUAAUUCUCUUAUAAUAAACUGUAACCUUUAACAUCCUUUUUACAUAUUAUAUUGCAUGGUACUUUCAUUUUAAAUGUAAAUUUAGUUACAAAAAUGUGUGUUGUAAAUUGGUCCCAAAACAGUGUUGGGCAAUCGUGAGGUUUUAUCUCACGCGAGAGAUUUAUGCGCAUGCGUCAGGUGACGUCACAGCUUGCUGCCAAUGCCGUACCUAGCCGGUACACGCAGUGGUGACUGAUAAGGGCACCUUAAUGAUCCUACAUAAUUUUUCAAAAAUUCUUAUAAUUGCACUGUAAACUACGAAUGUAUAGGUU